UGUUGUAGAUUCCUUGAACCCACUUUCAUAGAUCGAGAUCAUGUGGUCCUUUGCUUGGCAAGCAUUGGCCCUGUCACAUGUGUCCCUUGCCACCUUCAAGGGCUUUGUCAAUCCCAUGCAUCACUGGAAUGCUACAGAAGGCGUCGUUUUGGUCUUGAAUGUCUCUGAUGGUGAAUCGCCUGACGACGUCAAGGAUGCAGUGGAGGAUUUCCGUGCUAACUUCGAAAAGUAUCAAGCUACUAUGUCGGAGCUUCGCAGGACUCGAAAUGUGGGACGUGGCCCAUGCAUUGAAGAUUUGGCAAACACCCAGGAUGUUUGGCCUACACUGCAGCAGAUCGCUGAAGCAGGUUUUCCUUUGGUGGGACAGUAUGUGAAUAUUGGAGCACAUGAUGGCCGCACAGACGAUCCACUCUACAACUAUUCUCACUUUACCCAGGCGAGUGGGGUUGCCAUCGAACGAGAUCCUGAAAAAUGCAAACAUCACAAGGCAAAUUUGCCAAAUGUCCAUGUCAUGUGUUCGGAGGUGACGCCUCAAAAUGUGCUUCCACUAGUGCGCCAAGGGCUCAACGGCAAGGAUGUUGAUGUCUUGAAAAUCGAUAUUGAUUCCUACGACUGCCCUGUGUUGGAGAGAAUACUGCCAAAAGUGCGAGCCACCAUGGUUGUGGUGGAGGCGAACCCGUCAAUACCACCACCAUACCAAUGGGCCAUGCUUUAUGAUCCCAAUCUCUGGAACUUCUUCAAUUCCUUUCACAGUCCGGAGGAGGUCCCAAUUCGAGGCUGUUCUUUGGCAUAUGAAGUUCAGCUGCUGAACCGUUACAAUUACGAUUUGGUGUUCUUUAAUGGGCACGACGCCAUCUUUACCCAUGAGGAGGUGCGAAGUGCUUUCUAUCCUCAUACUGUGCCAGUGGACGAAUUUCAUUGUUACUCUGAGGCAUUCAUUGCAGCCAAUGGCAUUCCGAUCAACGUUACAAGACGAUGGUUCUUUAACAUGAGCGAUGUGCAUCAAGGGUUGCCGGAGAUUUGGCGCUUUUUUGUGACUUGGAUGAUGGACAAUGCACCGGUGCUCUACCCCUUCGCAUUGCGAGUGUGAGAAAAGAGCACAACGACCAGACCAGCUUGCCCAGUUUGACAGGUAGGAGCCAAGAAAGGAUUUACAGAACUUCAUCAGGUGUGUUUCCCAGUCGUG